AUGACAAAAGCACAACGCAAGCGAGCGAAGGCCAAAGAAAACCACAAAACGACAAUCGUGCUGGCAACUAAAUAUCGAGAGGGACGGGUGGGGAAGCUGGCAAGUUUUGACCAAGUUGCUGAGCUAUUAAACGCCCCAUACAGCAUGUCGUACGCGGUCGGGCAAGACAUCCCCCUCGUAAAAUCCAUCCCCCAGAUGAUCAAGAUCAUGGAAUAUAUUGAAGCAAUCCAGAUAAGAGUCGAUAUUGACCUGCUAACCUAUUGGCCUGACUACGGAUUUGCAACGUUCGAUCAGCUCGAUGGCAUGACAAGUGUCAUUGAAGCUCGCAAUCACUUCAUUCUCGUCAUGCGGACGAUGCGGUGGAUCGACGAUGUGGAAUGGCGUGUAUCUGACAUUUGCAAACCCUUUUCAGAUGCACGCAGCGUCAUCAAGGUAUCAAUGAGCACAAAAACUACGUGGAAACGCUCACCCUAG